CAACGUUUCUUCGACCUACAAGUUGUUAAAGGUCGAUCUCGCCUUUACAAACCGUCCCGAUUAACUGGACGGCAAGGAAACAGCAGAAUAAAAAACAAACAUGUUGCGAACGAUCCUUGUACGAAACCAAGUUUUGGCCGAAAGUGUAAAAAAGGCUGUUCGGUGCAAUGUCACGAGAUGCCUUAGUACAGAAUUAGCCAGAAGGAAACAGACCAAUAAAUUAUUAUCUCCAUCACAAAAGCAGUUAUCUGCUCCUCAGCAAUGGAGUAUUCAAGUAAGGCAUUACUCGGACCUCCCUUCUCACAACUUGGUCAAUCUGCCCGCACUCUCCCCGACCAUGGAAAGUGGAUCAAUUGUAAGCUGGGAAAAGAAGGAAGGAGACAAACUUAAUGAAGGUGACCUCCUCUGUGAAAUUGAAACUGACAAAGCGACCAUGGGUUUCGAGACCCCUGAAGAAGGUUAUUUGGCCAAGAUCCUGAUCCCUGCAGGCACCAAGGGUGUGCCAGUUGGUAAACUGUUGUGUAUAAUAGUUGAGAACCAGGCUGAUGUGGCCGCAUUUAAAGAUUUUAAGGAAGACUUGUCGGGAGCGCCGUCGAAGCCGACGCCUGCUAAAUCUAAAGCGGCCGCAGCCCCCGCCCUCGCCGCACAAGCGGCCCCUGCACCGGCCGCACCUGCAGCACCAGCUGCACGUGCGGCACCGGCUCCUGCGGCACCUGCGGCACCAGCUGCUGACCAGCAUAGUAGGAUCUAUGCGAGCCCAAUGGCCAGACGGUUGGCGGAGUUGAAGAACAUUCGGUUGGGUGGCCAAGGGUCUGGCAUAUACGGUUCGCUGAAGAGCGGUGACCUGGCAGGCGCCGCAGCGGCCGCGCCCGCACAAGUUCUCCCGCCGCCACCGUCUGGCGCGACCUACACGGACCUGCCGCUGUCUGGCAUGCGGGAGACCAUCGCGAAGCGUCUGACAGCCGCCAAGCAGACGAUACCGCACUACCAGCUGUCGGUGACCGUGAACGUGGAGAAGACGCUCGCGAUGCGCAAGCUGGUUAACGAUAAAUUGGCAGCGGAGAAGGCGGAUGUUAAGGUAUCAGUGAACGACUUCAUAGUGAAAGCCGUAGCUGCGGCGUGCAAGCGCGUGCCCACCGCCAACUCGCACUGGAUGGACACAUUUAUCAGACAGUAUUCAAACGUCGACGUGAGCGUAGCGGUAGCGACACCUAGCGGCCUGAUCACGCCCAUCCUGUUCAACGCGGAUUCCCGUGGAGUGAUAGAUCUUUCGAGAAACAUGAAGGAAUUGGCACAAAAAGCGAAGGACAGUAAACUACAACCGCAGGAGUACCAGGGUGGUACCGUCACUGUGUCAAACCUUGGAAUGUAUGGUAUCACAAUGUUCAACGCCAUCAUCAACCCUCCUCAGGCGCUAAUAGUGGCGUGCGGUGGCCUGCAAGAGAUUGUCAUCCCGGAUAAGAAUGAACCACAAGGAUUCCGUCUGGCGAAAUUCAUAACAUUCACCGCGUCAGCUGACCACAGAGUGAUCGACGGUGCGGUCGGCGCGCAAUGGAUGAAGGCCCUCAAGGAAAACCUGGAAGAUCCCGCCAAUAUGAUCCUAUAAACAUAUAAUGGGACCCAAUCGAGCAACUUUUUAAAAAACACCGCGGUUUUAAACUGUCAAAAACCAUAGAUAAUUAAAAAAAAAUUGGCUAUGGUCAUAGAUAAUUUUAAAGAUAUUGUCUAUUGACACAUUGUAAAUAGCUUUAUAUAAUCUGUUUUAUAGCGGAUAAAGCUGAAUUUAGUGUGCAAAAAUAUCUGGGUAUAUAUCAGAUAGUUUCUAUAAAUUUGCACUGCCCCUAAUGUAUAGAUAAAUGGUCUUUAGCAUAUUGUAUUGGAUUUUUGUAAAGGUUGCUCCAACGUGUUUCAUUAUUAACGAUACAUUUUAAUACAAUUUGUUACGGGACGCCUAGAUAAGCGUACAGUUUAAAAAAAACUUAGUAAUUAUAGUAUUUAUUUGGCUCGACCGAGUCUGUCCAUAGCAAAUUGCGUUGAAAUUGUGAAAACGUUUAUCCUUCUAUAUUGUUUCAUAUUUAUUUUAUUUUUUAAGGAUCAUGAUGUGUAAGAGAUUAUUGUAUAUUCAUCAUAUUUAUGUAUAUUUUUCAUUACCCUUUUGAAGGAUAAAUCUUUUUUUAUGUAUGUUGUGGGAUAUCGAAUACGACAGGUCAAGAAGUGCAUAACUGCCUAAUAUUUUUAAUUAUUUAUAUACCGAAAUUCAUCAUUGCAUAUUCCUGUAGUCAUUUAAGCGUCAUGUAUUUUUUAUUCUGUUAUUUUUUUUGUGUUUUUAUUUUUCAUAUAUGUUUUAUCUGCAUUUUAUAGUUAUAGUGAUAUAAUAGAUCUUUUUGUAGUAUUUUGUUUAUCAUGGAAUUAAUGUGAAUUAAAUUCAUAGAAAAUACAACAUCUGUGUAAAUAUUAAUUUUGAAAUUAAAUCUUUUGUUACCAUCAAGGCUGUUGUGUUUUGAUGCUGAUAGGUGAUUUUAUGGACGUUAGUGGAAUAUAUUUUAUUUAUAAAUGAA